AUGUGGUAUUUCGAUGCGGCCACGCAGCGAUGUCUGCAAUUCUUCUACGGUGGUUGUGGCGGAAAUGAGAAUCGCUUCGUCACCCACGAUGAAUGCCAGAAUGAAUGCGCUCCCGUGCAGCAUCAGGCGCUGACGAUGCGUGCCGAAUCUUCGGUUGAUGAACUCGGAAAUACUGAACAGCUCGAAGCUGAGGAAGAGCGAAUGCAAGGAGAUCAACCGAGACGACUACGUGAUGAUACGGACGACACGGAUGAGUCACGAUUUCGCGGAUCCAAUGGAACGGUAGAUGCACAGGAUGUGGCUACGGCUGUACCGGCCGGCGCAUUGCCCGAUUUGUGUCUUCUGCCCGAACAGAAGGGAUCGUGCUUUGGCAGCGAGUUGAAGUGGCGAUAUAAUGCUGAAACGGCGAGCUGCUUGAGCUUUAUGUACACAGGAUGUGAUGCGAAUGCUAACCAUUUCGAGUCCGAGGAAUCCUGCCUGCGCGCCUGCGGCCCCGCGCGCGAAGAGAAGUGGUACUACGAUAAAGAGAUCUCCGGGUGCCGUCAAUUUACCUAUGGGUGCGAGGGGAAAUGUGCGCCAAAGAUGCAGGCGCUUACGCUAUUUGAGCCAAAUGACGUUUGCGCACUCACCUGGGAGGGAGGACCAUGCCCUGGGGAGGAGCCCCGCUUCUUCUUCGACAAGAAUUCCGGCAGAUGCCGUCCGUUCGUCUACGGUGGUGGAUGUGAGGGCAACCGAAAUAACUUCCACUCGUUGAUGGACUGCGAGCACGCGUGCGGGAAGCCGGAAAAUCUGAGGGAGGAGCGCAGGAUUUCUCUGUCGACCCAACGGCCAGGGCCAUUCCAUAUUGGCGAGGAGGUGCUACUCGCCUGCCAUGCCGACGGUGAGGUGCCAAUUCUGUGGUUCAAGGAUGGACAAUUGCUCGUAUUCUCCACCAGGAUUGUAGGCAACGCUGACCUGUCACUAGUGCGUAUCGGUGAGGCUGAGCUUGCUGAUGCCGGGGAAUACACGUGUGCUGUUGGGCCGAACGGGUUGCUAUCCGAUCGGAUGAUGCUCAAGGUUACCGAGUUUAAUUGGAAUGGUUUU